CACAACUAAGAGCACUCCUCGUCCCCACCCGGUAAUAAUCUGGUCGGGUAUAGCGGCGGUGGGCGGAGAGAGAAUUGGAGGUGGAGAGCUUUGCGCAUGCCCGGACACUUAGAACUCUGGGGCCCCUGCAGAGGCAGGACCAGGAUGUGACGUAAUAACCGCGCGCGGCGCCCGGCGUUCCCACAAGGUCGCUUUGCAGAGCGGGAGCGAGGUUAAGUAACUAGUCCCUAGUUCGAGGGUGGGUCGUGUCCUUUUGCCUUGGUACCAGCGGAGACAUGACGGGAUAUACUCCGGAUGAGAAACUGCGGCUGCAACAGCUGCGAGAGCUGAGAAGGCGAUGGCUGAAGGACCAGGAGCUGAGCCCUCGGGAGCCGGUGCUGCCCCCACAGAAGAUGUGGCCUAUGGAGAAAUUCUGGAAUAAGUUUUUGGAGAAUAAAUCCCCUUGGAGGAGAACGGUCCAUGGGGUAUACCAAAAGGGUAUCUUUAUUUUCACUCAUAUACUUGUACCUGCCUGGAUUAUUCAUUAUUACCUGAAGUAUCAUGUGUCUGAAAAACCAUAUGGCAUAGUUGAAACGAAGGCCGGAAUAUUCCCUGGUGAUACAAUUCUGGAGACUGGAGAAGUAAUUCCACCGAUGAAAGAAUUUCCUGAUCAACAUCAUUAAAGAUUAUGUAAAAACUUAAAAGGCUUAUGAGCCUAAAUUUGUUCCUAUAUUACCCUAUUUACUGAAUUUUCUGGAAAAGUAACUUUAAUAAAGUUUAAUCUCAGAAAUUGUCAUAUUUCUUUUCCAGCAUUGUACAAUUUGAGACUCUUUGAGUAAUUUAAUAAUAAGUAAAAAGUGGACAUGCUAAA